CACCAGCAGACUGGCGCGGCGUUGGAUCUCUUGAAAGAUCCAACGGGCGAGCGGAACAACAGGCUACCACUUCUUCGGCACCAUGAGAUUUCACUUUCGCCAUCACAAUAAAUAAAGUACUAGCUAGCUACGGUAGCUGAAGAGGAAAGCGCAAUCGAAAGAACAACAUUCUUCUUCAAGAUGACCGCUGUACCAUCCAUGGCUCUCCGCUCUUUGCUCCUGGUGUUGCUGCUGCUACUUUGUGGCCAUGCCGAGAGCGCGGAACACCCCAGCUGCACCAACUACACCAAGGGAGAGUUUGGUCCGACGACGGUAGAUUCCCAAGACGUUUGCAAAUCGGCCUGUGAAACGGCCGAAGGAUUGCCGGUUGGAGACUACAAUAUGGCUCCCAACAGUUCCUGUGCUUGCAAGAGUAACGAUGCCAAGACGGAUCGAAAGCUGUGCAAUGACAAUUCGGCCGCGGCGUCCACAUCAUCGUUGGUCAUCAUGGUGGCGUCUUCCGUCCUGUUGACAAUGGCCCUGCUCUAGCUAGCUAGUAGGAGUUGAGAGCGAGGAAACUUUUCGUAAAAUGAUAACUACUAAUGAUGAGGAUUCUUGGUGAACUUUACUGUACCGUAUUCUCCAGCUUGCUUCUUCGAGGCUUGAAAACAGUCUUCACCCUUGUGCGCCUGAGGUAUAUGGGUUCGUCACGGCACCGUUCAGCGGAUUGUCUGACGAGGUGUAGCCUUUAAAAUAAAAUCUCGUUAUUCAUUGU